AUGGAAGGAGGAACUGGGCUCUACAAUCCUCGAACUGUCGAAGAAGUGUUCAGGGAUUUCAAAGGCCGUCGAUCCGCCAUUAUCAAAGCUCUCACCACCGAGGUCCAAGAGUUUUACCAACAAUGCGACCCUGAGAAGGAGAAUCUAUGUUUGUAUGGGUUACCAAACGAGCAAUGGGAAGUGAACUUACCAGCUGAAGAAGUGCCUCCGGAGCUUCCAGAGCCAGCUCUUGGCAUCAACUUUGCAAGAGAUGGGCUCUCUGAGAAAGAAUGGCUUUCUCUUGUUGCUAUUCACAGUGACACUUGGUUGCUCUCUGUCUCGUUCUACUUCGGGUCGAGAUUCGCCUUCGACAAGUCUGAUAGGAAACGCUUGUUUGAUAUGAUCAAUGGGGUUCCUACUAUCUUCGAAGUAGUGAAUGGUAAUGCUAAAAAACAAACCAAGGACAAGUCAUCUGCUGAGAACCAAAAUGGCAACAAGUCCAAGUCCAAUUCUAAAGUGAGAACUUCAGAGGGCAAAAGCUCAAAGACCAGCAUGCAGGCGAACAAGGAGGAAGAGGAAGUAGAUGAAGAGGAUGAGGACGAGGAUGAACACGGUGUAACCCUCUGUGGAGCUUGUGGAGACGGCGACGGUGCUGAUGAUUUCUGGAUCUGCUGUGACGUUUGUGAGGUAUGGUUCCAUGGGAAGUGCGUGAAGAUAACUCCGGCUAGAGCUGAGCAUAUCAAACAGUACAAGUGCCCUGGAUGCAGCAACAAAAGAGCAAGACCCUAA